AAAGUCCUUUUCUGCUGUAGAUUGGCUGGCUGAAUGCAAUUAGGGAGUGGCAAGAAGAGUUCGUUGGAAACAUGAGUUCUAGGGAAUUUGUGGACACUAUUACCAGAGAUCUGUUGGGUAGUCGUGUCUUUGUGUUUACACCCGGAGGAGAGAUAAAACAUCUCCCAAAGGGGGCUACCGUCAUUGAUUACGCGUAUAUGAUACACACUGAAAUUGGCAAUAAAAUGGUGGCCGCAAAGGUGAAUGGUAAUCUUGUCUCUCCAUUGCAUGUACUUGCAAACGCAGAAGUCGUAGAGAUUAUCACCUACAAUGGAAGAUAGUCUACUAGCAAGGCCGCCACCUCCAACCCUAAGGUUGGGAAUUUGAGUCACCUACGGAGCAAAGCAGGAACCGGCCACAAUGUUUAUUGGGGGGUGGGGUGUUUGAGGUGUUCCAGGUGAAUUUAUCAUAUAAAAAGAAAAGAUUUUCUUUAUGUAUUAUUGUGCUUCUGUCAUUCAAUUACGCACGUAACUGUACCAACUAAUUUCUAACACAAGGAUUAGCCAUCUUUUAGUCUGAAAUUGGAUUUAUUGUAGCUAACUUUAAGUUGUUGGAUUUUUGUGCCUUGGAGUACGGAGCAACCUAUAUGUGUAGUAUCAUCAU